AUGGCUCGGUUUGAUAAUGAGGUACCGUCCAGGUAUGGUGGAGGACCUGGCCCAGGGGGGCCCGGUCGCGGCGGCAGUAGACAAGGUGGCCCGCCGGGAGCUCAAAGGGUGUACAAGCAGUCCAUGGCCCAGCGAGCCAGAACUAUGGCCCUGUACAAUCCAAUACCAGUUCGACAGAACUGCUUCACUGUCAACCGUUCCCUGUUCAUCUUCAGCGAGGACAACUUUGUGAGAAAAUACGCCAAAAAGAUCACCGAAUGGCCAUAUCCUUUUAAUGUCCUCACCAUUACAAGUCCCAGCAGCACCACACCUGCACAUCAAGGCCCUCUCCCAGUGGCCCGCGGAGGCCCGGGCGACACAUCCUCACAGGGGCUCCCGAGUCCUCUACAGACUGCCUCGAUAAUCCUGUCCACAAUCGGGUCGGAGUUUGACCUGCGGACCCUUCGUGCCGUGAGAGUGUUGAGACCCCUCAAACUGGUGUCUGGGAUUCCCAGCCUGCAGGUGGUGCUCAAGUCUAUCAUGAAGGCCAUGAUCCCUCUUCUGCAGAUUGGUCUGCUGCUCUUCUUUGCCAUUCUCAUGUUUGCCAUCAUAGGCCUUGAGUUUUACAUGGGGAAGUUCCAUACCACCUGCUUUGACAUCUACACAGAUGAGAUACGGGAAGAGUUUCCAUGUGGUACGGAGGCUCCAUCUCGUCUUUGCCCUAAUGGCACCACCUGUAAGCAGUACUGGCUCGGCCCGAACUAUGGCAUCACGCAGUUUGACAACAUCCUGUUCGCCAUCCUCACUGUCUUCCAGUGCAUCACCAUGGAGGGCUGGACUGACCUCCUCUACUAUAGCGACGACGCCUCCGGGGGCGCCUGGAACUGGAUGUACUUUAUCCCACUCAUCAUCAUCGGCUCCUUCUUCAUGCUCAACCUGGUGCUGGGUGUCCUGUCCGGGGAGUUUGCCAAAGAGAGGGAACGUGUGGAGAACAGGAGUGAGUUUCUGAAGUUGAGGAGACAGCAGCAGAUAGAGAGGGAGCUCAACGGCUACCUGGAGUGGAUCUGCAAAGCAGAAGAAGUUAUUCUGGCGGACGAAGACAAUGAAACGGAUGACCGGAUGCCCUUUGAUGCAGCGUCGCGGAGGAGGCCCACCCUCAAGAAGAACAAGAACGACCUCCUGAACCCUGAAGAGGCAGAAGGAGAUGCUCUAGGGUCCCCGUUCACCCGGGCCAGCCUGAAGAGCUCCAAGCUGGAGGGCUCCACCUUUGACAAGCGCGAGCGCCGGUUUCGCUUCUUCGUCCGCCACAUUGUCAAGACGCAGGCCUUCUACUGGUCCGUGCUCUGUCUGGUGGGCCUCAACACGCUGUGCGUGGCCGCCGUGCACUAUGACCAACCCGACGUCCUCUCCGACUUCCUCUACUUUGCCGAGUUCAUUUUCCUGGGCAUCUUCAUGUCAGAGAUGUGCAUCAAGAUGUAUGGAUUGGGGACACGCCCUUACUUUCACUCCUCCUUUAACUGCUUUGACUGCAUUGUCAUAUGUGGCAGCAUAUUCGAGGUCUUCUGGGCAAUGAUCCAGCCUGGCACCUCCUUUGGCAUCAGUGUGUUGCGCGCUCUCAGGUUAUUGAGGAUCUUCAAAGUGACCAAGUACUGGGCCUCCCUGAGGAACCUGGUGGUCUCCCUACUCAACUCCAUGAAGUCCAUCAUCAGCUUGCUCUUCCUGCUCUUUCUCUUCAUCGUGGUCUUUGCCCUUCUGGGCAUGCAGCUCUUCGGGGGCCAGUUUAACUUUGAAGCCGGCACUCCCCCUACCAACUUUGAUACCUUUCCUGCAGCAAUAAUGACAGUGUUCCAGAUCUUGACGGGAGAGGACUGGAACAUGGUGAUGUAUGAUGGCAUCGAGUCUCAGGGUGGAGUGAGGAAGGGGAUGGUCUUCUCUGUGUUCUUUAUAGUGCUCACGCUCUUUGGCAACUAUACCUUGCUCAAUGUAUUCUUGGCUAUCGCUGUGGACAAUCUGGCUAAUGCACAAGAGCUGACCAAGGAUGAGCAAGAGGAAGAGAAGCAGGCCAGUAAGAAAGCUGCCCUUCAGAAAGCCAAGGAGGUGGCUGAAGUGAGCCCCAUAUCUGCUGCCAAUCUCUCCAUAGCAGCAGUUACAGUAAGCACAGAGCGUCUCAACGCUUCUGAACACUUUCUGGACUGUAAGGAGAACCACUCAAAGUCAAACUCAAAGUCGGUGUGGGAGCAGCGGACCAAUGAGCUGCGCAGACAGACCCUGGUCAACAGCAGAGAGGCCCUUUACAAUGAGCUGGAGCCAGAGGACCGCUGGAAGGUGUCCUACUCCCGCCAUAUCCGGCCGGAUGGCAUGAAGACCCAUCUGGACAGACCGCUGGUGGUUGACCCCCAGGAAAACCGCAACAACAACACCAACAAGACUUGCGCUGGGGAGCGUGAGGCCGACCAGGAGGCCCGGCUCAGCCAGCAGUGCGCCGAGGAGAUCUUCCGCAAGCAGACGCGCCUCCACGAGCGGGCGGGGAGCACGGGAGGUGGGGAAGGAGGAGAGGGAGGUGGUGGAGGAGGAGUAGGAGGAGGAGAUGAAGGAGCCGAUCCCACAGAGUCCUCCUCACGGCGGAACCGCAAGGCAGGGGAGAGCGAGCACCACCAGGGCCAAAAUCACCACUCCACCCACGAGCACCAGCACCACCACCACCGCCCGUGCGGGAGCACGACCCACCUCGAGGGGGUGGCCGAGGAGAAGCCGCAUAGACGCAGCCACCAGCACCGCGAGCACCGGGGCCAGUGCACCCGCACCCGCGAUCCGGAGGCGAAGGGCACCGAGCAGCCACACCGGAAGCCCCGGGGCCACCGCCGCGCCCACGAGGACGAGGAGGGAGGAGGAGGAGGAGGAGAAGGAGGAGGAGGAGGAGGAGGAGGUGGACGCCGACACAGGAACAAGAACUCGGAAGCAGGGGGCAGUGUGGAAGGCGGGGAGCGCAAGCCCAGGAGGCAUCGCCAUAGCGCCGCCUCAGGCAGUGAGGGGGAGUGCAAGCGAGAGAGGGGAGAAAGGGUCCGCCAGCACAGAGCCAGGAAGGAGGGCAGUGGGCCCACUCUGUCCACCACGCGGCCCAUCCAGAAGACCCUGUCCCGGCAGGCCAGCGUAUACAGCGAGGACAUGGACAACGUGAUGAACAGCAAGCUGGUCACCCAGCCGCCCUCUGCCUCUGCCCGCAACCGUGGUGGCACCGUCACCGCCAACACCACCCCCCACGCCAGCAUCUAUAACCUGGCCAACAGCACCCACAGCCUCUACCAGCCGCCCCCUGGUCCGGAGGGCAGCCUCAUGCCCAGCCGAGCCACCAGCAUGGCCUACCUGACCUGCAUGGGCUACCCGCGGGCAGACCACACCAGUGUCGACAUGCCACCCAUGUUCCCCUCGCACAACGCCAUCCUGCAAAUCAAUAAAAAUGCAAACACUGAGCCCCUGCCCAAAAAGGAGGAUAAGAAUGAUGAUGACGAUGAUGACCCAAAAGACAGUGGUGGCCCCAGGCCUAUGCCCCCAUACAGCUCCAUGUUUGUACUGUCCACCACCAACCCGUUUCGGAGGUUGUGCCAUUACAUUGUUACACUGAAUUAUUUUGAAAUGACCAUCCUGCUGGUCAUCGCAAUGAGCAGUAUCGCCUUGGCUGCUGAAGACCCAGUCUGGCCCGACUCCCCCCGGAACAAUGUGCUGCGCUACUUUGACUAUGUCUUCACUGGAGUCUUCACCUUUGAGAUGCUGAUUAAGAUGGUGGAUUUGGGGCUGAUCCUGCACCAGGGCUCCUAUUUCCGUGACCUUUGGAACAUCCUGGACUUUAUAGUGGUUAGUGGUGCCCUGGUGGCCUUCGGCUUCACCAGCGGCGAAGGCCUCCUCCUGUUUCUCUGGUCACAGAACUACUUCAAAGACGCCUGGAACAUCUUUGACUGUGUGACAGUCGUCGGGAGCAUCACCGAUAUUCUAGUCACAGAGCUUGGGAAUAACUUCAUAAACCUGAGUUUUCUGCGGCUUUUCCGAGCUGCUCGACUCAUUAAACUGCUCAGGCAGGGCGAGACCAUUCGCAUCCUGCUCUGGACAUUUGUGCAGUCCUUUAAGGCUCUGCCGUACGUGUGCCUCCUCAUCGCCAUGCUGUUCUUCAUCUACGCCAUCAUUGGCAUGCAGCUGUUUGGGAACAUCGCUAUUGAGGAAGAUGGAGAUAGUGCCAUCAAUCAACACAACAACUUCAGGGCCUUCUUCCAGGCACUCAUGCUGCUCUUCAGGAGUGCUACAGGGGAGGCAUGGCAUGAGAUCAUGCUGGCUUGCCUGAGUGGGAAGAAGUGCGACCCGCUCUCAGGCAGCGAGGAGCACUUGGGGUGUGGCAGCGAGUUUGCCUACCUCUACUUCGUCUCCUUUAUCUUCCUCUGCUCCUUCCUGAUGCUGAAUCUGUUCGUGGCUGUCAUCAUGGAUAACUUUGAGUACCUCACACGAGACUCCUCCAUUCUGGGGCCUCACCAUUUGGACGAGUAUGUGAGGAUAUGGGCCGAGUAUGACCCUGCUGCCUGUGGCAGAAUCAGUUACACUGAUAUGUAUCAGAUGCUCAGGCAAAUGUCUCCGCCGUUAGGCCUGGGGAAGAAGUGCCCGGCACGGGUUGCAUACAAGAGACUGUUGCGGAUGGAUUUGCCGGUCGCCGAAGACAACUCUGUUCAUUUCAACUCCACCUUAAUGGCCUUAAUCCGCACGGCACUGGACAUCAAGAUCGCCAAGGUUACGGAAGGGGAGGACAAGCACCAGAUGGAUGCUGAGCUGAGGAAAGAGAUGAUGGCGAUUUGGCCCAACCUCUCGCAGAAGAUGUUGGACCUGCUGGUCACUCCACACAAGUCAGCGACAGACCUGACGGUGGGGAAGAUCUACGCGGCCAUGAUGAUCAUGGAGUACUACCGGCAGAGCAAAGCCAAGCGGGCCCAGGCGCAGGAGCAGAAUCGAACGACAUUAAUGUUUCAGCGUCUGGAGCCUCACUCCCCAACCCAGGAUGGUGGGCCGGGAGUCAAGGGCCUCCCUGAAUCCCAGCCGGAUGCUGUGGGCAAUAUGCCAAUGGAUGGGGGGAUGUCAGAGAGCCAGUCCUGGGUGACCGCGCGUGCUCAGGAGAUGUCUCAGAAGGCUGGCAGCUGGAGUCCCGAGGGGCAGCAUCCCGACGACAAACGAGACAGUAUGCACAACUCUCAGACGGUAGAGAUGAGAGAGAUGGGGCGGGAUGGUUACUCGGACAGUGAGCACUUUCUCCCAAUGGAAGGGCACGGGAGAGCUGCUUCCAUGCCCCGACUCCCGGCAGACAACCAACAGCAUCGAAGGAAAGGGAGGCCACGAGGGAAUAACCUCAGUACGAUCACAGAUAACAGCCCGAUGAAGCGUUCCGCCUCCUCGCUGGGGCACGGCCGGUGCGGGCGGAUGGGCCGGGGCGACGACUACACCCUGGACCAGGUCAUCCCCGAGGAGGGGCCGCGGCACGGUCACCGGCGCCGGGAGCGCAGCCACCGCGCCUCUGAGAGAUCCCUCAGCCGCUACACGGAUGCAGACACAGGGCUGGGAACAGACCUCAGCACCACCACGCAGUCAGGCGACCUGCCGCCCAAGGAGAAGGAGCGUGGCGAGAGGGACCGCGACCGCGGGCGAGCCAAGGACCGCAAGCACCACCACCACCACCACCACCACCACAGCUCGCUGGACAAGGAGCGCUACACGCCCGACCGGCCCGACUAUGGCCAUCGGCAGCCCCGUGAGCGCGACCACCGCUGGUCACGCUCGCCCAGUGAGGGCCGCGACUGUGGGCCUCAUCGGCAGGGCAGUAGUUCGGUGAGCGGGAGCCCCGUCCCCUCGACCUCGGGGACUAGCACCCCCCGCCGCGGGCGCCGGCAGCUCCCCCAGACCCCCGCCACGCCACGGCCCCAUGUCACCUACUCACCCGUGGUGCGCAAGCCCGGCAGUGGAGGAGGAGGAGGAGGAGGAGGAGGAGGAGGAGGAGGGACACCCCCGCAGCCCGUGCGCCAGUCCUCCACCACCACCCCACGCCGCUACUCCCCCUCGGGCUCCGGCGAGCCUCCUCCUCCUCCCCCCCCCCCAAGGGCCUCCUCACCACCACCACCAUCACCACCACCAGCAGCAGCAGCAGCAGCAGCAGCAGCAGCAGCCGCCCUCCCACCACGGCUCGCCCCGCCUGGGACGCCACGGCCCCCCUCCCUCCGGGCGCUGGGGCCCCCCGCCACCGGACGGUAGCCCGGAGGGCGACGGCUGCUUCUAUGAGGACGAGGCCGAGGACUACGACUACCGCGAGCGCCACGAGCCACCGGCCUAUGA